AUGACCUUCACCCACUCCGACUACACCAUUGGUUGGAUCUGCGCCCUCCCCCUGGAGAUGGCCGCCGCAAAGGCAGCCCUUGACGAGCUGCAUCCCCGACUCCCCGCCAGCCCCAACGAUCACAACCUCUACACCCUGGGCGCCAUCUGCGGCCACAACAUCGCCAUCGCCUGCCUUCCUGCUGGUGUUUACGGCACCACCUCUGCCGCUAUUGUUGCAACUCAUCUCACCUCCACCUUCGCAGGUCUACGCUACAGCCUGAUGGUCGGCAUCGCCGGCGGCGUUCCCCACCCUAGCACCACCGAUAUCCGCCUAGGAGAUAUAGUGGUCAGCAAACCCACCGGCACAAACGGCGGCGUGAUCCAGUACGACUACGGCAAGACUCUGACAAGCGGUCGUUCUCACCGCACCGGAUGUCUAAAUAAACCUCCCGCCGAGCUAUUAGCCGCGCUGGCGACGCUUGAAUCCGACCAUCUCCUCGGCCAGUCGACCAUCCCCGUGCAUUUAGCCCAAAUGCAAGCGCGAUUCCCUGCCUUUGCGUCUCCCGGCCCGCAGUAUGAUUUUCUCUUCGACCCCUUGUAUCCGCAUGUUGGAGGAAGCGCGGAAGAAUGUCAUCCUAAGUGCGAGAAGAGUCGCCAUGUCCCCCGUCCGCAAAGGGGGUCUCCCGGUCCACGAGUUCAUUAUGGACUGAUUGCGUCGGGAAAUCAAGUUAUGCGUGAUGCAGUAACGAGGGAUUCCAUUGCUCGUCAGCUAGAGGGCGUGCUGUGCUUUGAGAUGGAAGCUGCGGGGCUGAUGGAUCAGUUUCCUUGCUUAGUUGUGAGAGGAAUUUGCGAUUAUGCCGAUUCGCAUAAGAGCAAACGUUGGCAAGCGUAUGCUGCUGCUACUGCCGCUGCGUAUGCGAAGGAGUUGUUGGGCGUUAUUCCGGUGCAACAGAGGGGUCAGCAGACUGCUGAUGCUAAGAAAGUGAGGCGGGAACGGUUGAAACAGGUAUGA